AUGGGCAGCAUACAUGUGUUCCACGCCGCUGCUGCAAUGCGGGCCUUCAGCAGGGAGCAGCGGCAGCAGGGGAAAAGCAUCGCCUUUGUGCCUACCAUGGGCUACCUGCACGAGGGCCACAUCUCGCUAGUGCGAGCUGCGAGGGAGCGCUGCGACGUGGUGGUGGCCUCCAUCUACGUCAAUCCCACCCAGUUUUCCAGAAACGAGGACUUUGGGCUCGCGCCUGCUCCUGCGCGUGCCCUGCAGGACGAGGACCUUCGCAAGCUGGCAGAGGCAGGGUGUGCGGCAGUGUUCAUGCCGCAGUCCCUGUACCACGCAGGCAGCAGCGCCAAUGGCGGAAGCAGCUCGGAUACGGGCAUGGUGGUUGGGGCAAGUGAAGGGUACGACCCGCAGGCACACGAGACCUGGGUCAGCCUGGACCACCUGUCGCAGGGCCUGUGCGCCAAGACGCGGCCACACUUCUUCAGAGGCGUCUGCACGGUGGUGGCCAAGCUGUUCCACAUCGUGGAGCCGGACGCUGCCUUCUUCGGCCGCAAGGACUACCAGCAGUGGCGCGUGAUUGAGCGUAUGGUGCGGGACCUGGACAUGGCGGUGGAGGUGGUGGGCAUGCCCAUCCUGAGAGAGCCAGAUGGGCUGGCCAUGAGCAGCCGGAAUGCGCUGCUGGCUCCUGAGGACCGCCAGCGCUGCGUGUGCAUCUCACGGGCGCUCACCCAGGCGCGGGAGCAGGCAUGCGCUUGCACCACGACUGACGCAGCGCAGUUGCAGCAGCAGAUUGUGGACCAAAUAGCGGCGGGCGGCGGGCUUGAGGACUAUGUUGAAGUGGUGGAUGCCCACACGCUGCGGCCCCUGGCAGGGGAUGUGCGAGGGAGGCACGUGCUCAUCGCGGUCGCCGCUCGGUUCGGCAACGUGCGGCUGAUUGACAAUGUGGAGUUUGGCUGA